AUGACCGCAUUUGAAGAGCUGGCUGUGAUUCCAGAGUUGGGCGAAGCGGUUGCCGAGAUCGGCUGGGAAUUGCCGACCCCAAUCCAGUCAGAAGCAAUCCCAGCAAUCCUUGGUGGCGGAGACGUUCUUAUUGCAGCAGAGACGGGAAGUGGAAAGACUGGAGCAUUUUGCCUUCCGGUGGCACAAAUCGUCUGGGAAAAACGAAAAGAAGUUUUGGAGCCUCAUUCAGGCACUGAUUGUAAAGAAUGGAAGUUGAACGUGAUGGAUCGAGACGGGGGCUUGGCUGUGGACAGAAGCGGGAUGGUGUGUGAAAGUCGAGCGCAGAAGAUUUGGAAUGGAUCACGAUGUCGAGGCGGCGUUCACUCUAAGGGCAAGUAUUACUUCGAAGUGAAGAUCGAGAACGACGGAUUGUGUCGCAUUGGAUGGUCUACUCUUUCAGCUACUCGUCAAUUGGGUACCGAUGAUAAAUCGUACGGUUUUGGCGGAACUGGAAAGAAGAGCCACAUGAAGCGAUUCGAAGAUUACGGAGAGUCUUUCACUGUGAACGAUGUUCUUGGCUGUUACCUUGAUUUGGACAACUUAAACAUUUGGUGGUCAAAAAAUGGCAAGCAAUAUCCAGUAGCGUACAGUAUCCCACCAAAGAUGCGUGAUCCAGCAAACGCUCUCCAUCCGUCUGUUCUCCUCCAGUGUUCGGCUUUGCACUUGAAUUUCGGUGAAACUUCAUUCGCUUUCCCGCCCGGAGGUUCGUUUGUCGGCGUUUCUCAGGCUUCUUCUGAUUGUCAAUCUUGGUACUCUGAGGAUCUGUCUCAAUUGGCUCGGAUCGACUUAUCGAAUGCUCCACUUUGUGUGGUUCUUGAGCCGACUCGUGAACUUGUCGAGCAAACCCACAACAACUUGGUUCUCUUUGGGAAAAAGCUGACAAAUCCGCCAAUCCGGUCCCGUCUUCUGGCAUCCGGAGUGCCAAUUAAGCAAAUUUUAACAGAGAUUGAGGAUGGCGCUGAUAUUGUAACAGGUACUGCAUCUCGAAUUCUCGAUCUUGUGGAAAAUGACGCAUUGUCGGUGCAGGGAUUACAAUUUAUUGUCAUUGAUGAGGCGGACCACAUUUUGGGCGAUAGAGCAAUGGCAAGUGUUCUCAACCGUUUGAUGGAGAAGCUUCCAAGAAUGGCGUCCGAUGGAUCUCGACUACAGGUCAUUGUUUGCUCUGCAACGUUGCGAAACGCUAGCGUGCAAAGAUUCGCGGAUCAUUACAUGCACUUCCCACAAUGGAUCGAUUUGAAGGGAAUGGUUAGUGUUGCGGAGACGGUGCACCAUGUCGUUUGCCCUGUCGAUGCAGAAGCAGAUAAACAAUGGAUCAGGAUCAUGCACACGAAAAAUCGCUUGGAGGAUGAUUUUAUACACAGGGAUGAUGAGAUUCGUCCCGGAACGCGACACAAAGAAACGCUUUCAUUGGGAACAAAAAUUCUCAAAGGAAUUUAUGUUCUUCGUGCCAUCGAAGCGUUGAACAUGGUUCAGGCUAUCAUUUUUUGUCGAACGAAACAACAAUGUGAUCAACUGGAAACCUACUUGAAUCAGAAUGGUAAACAAUCGACAUGUUUGCAUGGUGAUCGAGCUCCACAAGAACGAUCUCGAGCGUUGGCUUCUUUUAAGAGUGGAGAAACGGCUUUCCUCAUUUGUACAGAUGUGGCCGCUCGUGGUAUUGAUGUCAGCGGAAUUCCUUUUGUUAUCAACGUUACGCUUCCCGAUGACAAAGCUGUCUACGUUCAUCGAAUUGGUCGAGUUGGCAGAGCUGAGAGAAUGGGAUUAUCAAUUUCAUUGGUUUCGACGCACGAAGAAAAGGUUUGGUACCACAAAUGUGCCACAAAAGGCGUUGGCUGUCACAAGACACGCGACAUAAAGGAAAAUGGAUGCACAAUUUGGUACAAUGAACCGAAACUUCUUGCGGAGGUUGAAGAACACCUCGGCGUGACGAUUGGUCACGUCAAUUCAGAUUUUCAAAUACCGACCGAUGAGUUUGAGGGACGAAUCAUUUAUGGAGCGAAGAGAACGCAAAGUGUCACAUUUGAGGGGCACGCUCGUUCAUUGGCGGCUUCGGUUGGUCAAUUGAGCGAUUUGGAGAGAUCUCUACAGAAUGCCUAUCUUCUCUCCGUCACCGCGCACUACGAAAAAAUUGCGAAAACCGUAAAG